AUGGAGGAGAAUGCGAUGACAGGUGAACUGCACGUGCCCGAGUCGACGCUCGAGCUCCAUUGCUGGCCCAGCGAGACCGUGGACAUCAGUCGCUUCUCUCGCUUUCUGGCGUGGCUCGGCGUCUUGAGGUGGACCGAGCAGUUGCUGAAUGAGCUAGCUUUGGCCCCGCGGGUAGACACCUGUCCCAUCUGCUACGAGGAGAAGCUUGACGUGGAAUGCCUGGAGCAUUGGAGUCCGAAGGGGGACGUGUCAGAGCAUCGGAUGUGCGGAAGUUGCAGGCUCGAAUAUGGACAGAGCCAGUGCCCAUUCUGCAAGGAGUACCUCUUGAAGGAGGAGCUGAUCGACUUCAUUGACAAAUUUGGAGCCACCAUCCGCGAGGACGGCCGGUACGACCUGUUUGAAGUGCACGCGGCGCUGGAAGAGUGGGAGAUCCAUGAGAUGGAGUUCGAGGCACAACCCUCAGUGAUGAGACGAGCAGCGCGCUUGCUCAUGGAGGAUCGAACUUUUCGGGAACGGCUAAAAGCCACAGUGGCCGCGCAGCGACGUUCCUGGCUCAGUAUUGCGUCAGGACCGAUGUUUCGCUUCUGGGGCUUCGACCAGGUCAAGCCCCUCUGCUCGGGCGGGGAGGUCUCCAAGUUGCUCAAGGAUGCUGUGGAGCUGCUGUUGGAUCCCCUGGAAAGGGCCAGGACCGACGAGGUCCAGGUGGAUCAGUCUCCGGGCUUCGUCUAUUCGCAGGAUUCCGCCGUCGACUCUGCUCGGAAUUCUCAGAUGGCGAUUGGAGAUGCGGGCUCCGUCUCCGCGCCGGGUUCCUUGUUGCAGCUAUAG